AUGGCGGGAGGAAUGAAAGUGGCGGUCUCUCCGGCAGUUGGUGCCGGGCCCUGGGGCUGGGGGGCCGGGGGCGGUGGGGCAGUGUUGCUGCUCCUGGUUCAAUCCUGCUUCUUGGUCUGCGGCUCAGCUGGAAUUGGUGUAGACGUGGUCAUGCUUCAGGAAUCCCAAGUUUAUAAUAUGAAUGCUAGGCAGCAAUUCUGUUAUAAAAAUGUGCUUAUUCCAAAGUGGCAUGAUGUAUGGACACGGAUACAGAUCCGGAUAAAUAGUUCCAAAUUGGUACGAGUCACCCAGGUGGAGAAUGAAGAGAAACUGAAGGAGCUAGAACAGUUUAGUAUCUGGAACUUUUUUUCCUCCUUUUUAAAAGAGAAAUUGAAUGACACCUAUGUUAAUGUGGGUCUCUACAGCACAAAAACCUGCCUCAAAGUUGAGAUUAUAGAGGACCACACCAAAUACAGUGUCACUGUGACCCGCAGAUUUGACCCCAAACUCUUCCUCGUUUUCCUCCUUGGACUUAUGUUAUUUUUUUGUGGAGACUUGCUAAGCAGAAGCCAAAUCUUCUACUAUUCCACUGGGAUAAGUGUGGGAAUCGUGGCCUCUCUGCUAAUCAUCAUUUUCAUACUGUCCAAGUUUAUGCCCAAGAAAAGUCCCGUUUACAUCAUCCUGGUGGGAGGCUGGUCCUUUUCGCUGUACCUCAUUCAAUUAAUAUUUAAAAAUUUACAAGAGAUCUGGAGGUGUUACUGGCAGUAUCUUUUAAAAUGUCUUCUGAUAACUCUUGUCAUAGGCUAUGUACUUGCAGUUGGAUUCAUGAGUUUUGCAGUCUGUUACAAGUAUGGGCCCUUGGAGAAUGAACGAAGUAUCAACCUGCUGACCUGGACCUUGCAGCUGAUGGGCCUGGGUUUCAUGUAUUCUGGUAUCCAGAUACCACACAUUGCCCUUGCCCUGAUCACCAUUGCCCUGUGUACUAAGAACCUGGAGUACCCUAUUCGGUGGCUGUACAUCACCUACAGAAAGAUGUGUAAGGCAACAGAAAAGACUGUACCCCCUCGUCUCCUGACAGAAGAAGAAUAUCGGAUACAAGGAGAGGUGGAGACCCGAAAGGCUUUAGAGGAGCUUCGAGAAUAUUGUAACAGUCCAGACUGCUCUGCUUGGAAGACUGUUUCACGAAUCCAUUCUCCAAAGAGAUUUGCUGACUUUGUGGAAGGUUCUUUUCACCUCACACCAAAUGAGGUUUCUGUCCAUGAGCAGGAAUAUGGAUUAGGGAGCAUUAUUGCCCAGGAUGAAAGCUAUGAAGAAACAUCCUCUGAGGACUCAGAUUCUCGCUACCCUGCUAUCACACACAACAACUUCCUGACUUAGGUGGUGGUCAGUUAUUUUUAUGUGGACUGGCUUGGUACCUUGAUGGCCCAUGUUGCAUGUGUUGUGCAAUUGCUUCUCAACUCUUCGAAACAGAGUGAGAUAGUGCAGAAAUUCUCCCAAUGAAAUUAAAGGCCUGAAUAGGUCCCCCUCUGGAAAUGACUGUGGUGUUCUCUUUGGGAUCCCUGAGGAAUGAGAAUGGAUAAAGUAGUGAAUGCUUCCCAUUGGUUAAGCUGUCAGCUCACAUUUAUGUUUCCAGAAAAACUAGAUGAGCACAGCUAGCACAGCAUUCUAGUUCCUCUUUAAAAGUUGAUUCAGCAGUGGCAUUUCUGCCACCGUGGCUGGCACUCAGAAGUGAAAACUGUCAUACGUGCAAUAAUGCUUUCAGACUAUAGGUUGCAUCUUCCAGAGAGAAAUCCACAAACCUGAGCCUCUUUCACUUCUGCUUUUAUUUCAGUGACUUUAGAAUAAUCCUUGUUUUAAGAGGAAAAUAGGUUUUAUUUGUUUGUCUUAUGUUUUAAAUGAAUGUAUGUUUUAAAAUGUAAGAAACUCGUGUUCUAGAACCAGCAAGUACUCCAGAGUGCAAGCCCCAUAGGCCCCUACAUAUUUAUUAAUAUGGAUUAUCCAUUAAAACCCCAGACGCUGUUGUGUUGAGCUUUGAAUUAGUUCUCACACAUAUGAUAGUCUGAGUCCUGCGUGCUUUUAGGAACAUGCCUGUAGGAUCUUCUGUAGGGAAGGUCUAUUGGGCUUUUUAUUAUAUUCAACUUUUAAUUCCAUCUUAAAAAUAUAUUUGCAUUCUUCCCUUCCCAUUCCUUCUUUCCCGUUUGCCCUUUCACAUAGGGUCUGUUCUCUUACUUGUGAAGUAUGUAUGAUUCAGAGUUUGUUUCAUUUCUUAUUUUAUCUUCCCCUUGGUUUUUAGUGUUAUUCCUGCUGUUUAGGAGAAGUGAUCUUAUCUAGGAAGUUUAAAUGCUUUUUACACGUCCUCCAUUUUUCUUGUCAGUGGGUCACAUAUCUUUGAGUUUCUGUGGAAUCCAGAAACGAUCUUUAUUUUUCCUUCCCUUCCUUUGCCUACCCAUUCUCCCUAUUCCUUUCAGCCUUGCCUUACCACCUGUGCCCUUCUCCCGUGAAACCUGGCUAAUUUGUAAGCCCUGAAACUAUGAAGUUUCUUCAUACAACAUACAAGUUGUAGCUAUGUAGCAGCCACAGUUUGUAUUGCCAGGAAAUAGACUUCCAGGUAAUCUUCAUGCCUUUGGAUUCAGCCAUCGGGAUCAGACACAUUUUUCCAUGAAUUUAUUUUACUUAUUUGCAAUUCCAUUUCUGAUCAGAGAUUUCUGCUGCCUUUUAUUACAGUGGCAUUGGUUCAGAUUCUUUUGCCAUUGGAAACUACCCUUAUAAACCAUCAAUGCCAUUUAUGAGGGAGCAAAUUCCCCAGUCUCUGUCAUUAGCAUGGUUCUGUCUUUGUGAUCUUCACCCUUAUACCUUGUAGAAAGCUAUAAUUACUCCAACCCGGAAGAUAGACACUGAUGGCAAGAGCAUAACAUUAGACUGACUGGCUUACCAUGAUUAUAGGGAAGGCAGAUGAUUUUUUAAAAAGUCUUAAUUCUUUCAGACCAGCCAUUUAGCAGGUAAUUUUGAAAGGCCCUGGGCUCCAUUACUGACUUCCAAAUGUCAGCUUUGAGACUUCCCUCUAGGUGGGCAGUUGAUUAUUUCCAGCAGUGUUUCCCACAGUUUUAAACUCUCCUGAAGUGACAACUAUUUCAACUGGCAGCAAGUAGACAUAUAGGAGAAAGUGAAAAAUAAGCAGUAUUUGGGCAGGUGCUGUGGGUCAAAGUUGCAGGGUAAAGGAGCUUUAUACUGGGAAACCUUUAUGCCUUUGUGAAUUAUGUACAUGGUAAAUUUUUAUCCCUCUACAAAGAACUGUUAAGACCUCUGGAAUAUACUAUUUUUGUCCUCAUUUAUAGAAAUUGAGACCUAGGGUAUUUGAGCAUAAGUUGAUUUGAAAAAAAUGAUUCAGCUGUACAAGUGGUCUCAGAGUCCCUCGAGACUUUGGUGCCUUCUCCCAAAUAGCUACUUAGGGAGGUGGUAGCUUGCCUCCAGGGUAACUUUGUCCUUAUGUCCUGACCUAUGUCCUUAUUUCAGUGAGACAGCAUUGUGAGGUAGGGAAAGCUUCUCCUCUUUUUCUAUUUAGUGAACUUGUGAAAUACAGUUUCCAUCUUAAGACCAGUUUUUUUUUCACUGUGUUUGAAUUUGGGGUGAGUAAAAUCAAACUCAGUUUAUUUCUUCCUGUCUGGUAGCUGGAGACUGAGCUGUAGGCAGUGGAGAUCACAAUGGGUCCUGCAGCUGAGAGCUGCUCUCAGACAGUGAAGGACAGUGCCACUGCUGUGCUGUGUGUCCUCGCCCUGCCUGCCUGUGCGGCUCUGCCCCAGAUGCUUCAGAGCCCCCGUGUGCCCAAAGAUUGCUUGACUUCUUAAACCUUCUUUAGAAACUGCUCUUGUCUCCCUCUUGGCCACUUAGUCUGCUGACUCAGUCACUACUUGAAGCCCCCAUUUAAUUUUCUCUGGCAGUUACAGCUCUUGCAAUUUCAGCAUAGUCUCAUCUCUCAGACUGAUCUCAUCAAGAAGGAUUGAAGGGAUAACUAUGGAGUUAGCUGGACGUUGGAGCCAUGUUUGCUGCCAUGUCAGCAUCUUGCUCUGCAAAUAUCAAGCUGUAAAUUGGCCCUAGGGCUCAGGGACUCGGCGGCAUCGGAAAUCUAUUGCCUCUAAUCGGUCUGACCAAGUUGUGUAGAGCAUGUCUCCCAUUAAUGGGAAUACAAGAGCCAACUGGCCUAAAACACUUCCCCUUCACUUUCCCACUCAGAUUGCUUUCAUGAGACCAAUAAACAAAAAUAAGGAAAAUUGAAUAACUUUGAUACCUUCUAACAAGAAAUUCCUGUCAGCCACUUCCUGUCACCAAAACUAGUUUAUUUCUCCCCCCAAAUUCAUGACUUUUAUGUCUGGUACAAAGGAGACUUUGCAGGUAAUAGUUCCAUUAUAGUUCCAAUGUUCCAUUUUGUGCUAAUAUACCCCAGUGUAGGUCCUAGCCCUGUCUUCAUUGACUACGUUCCCUUCAACUCAAUCUCCGCUUGACACAUGCAAUAGAGAUUUGAUGAAUGAAAGGACCCAAAUAGGCCAGAUGGUCCCCCAAAGCCCCGAUAUCCAUAAAAGGCUUGGGAAUGGAUUAUGCAAUUGCCCUCAAUCUUUUUGUUGUUCCAGAAAAAAAGAUGGGCUCAGAUGGAUGCCUGCGUAAAAAUGGUUCCUAGCUGUGCACUCAUAACUUUUCUCUGAAUUGAGUAGUGAAAGUUGAAGUAGGAGGAAAGGAAAUUAAAUGUCCUUUUAAUAUUCCUUUGGACUCAGGUCUGACAUGAGAUAAUAACCUAUAUUGAAAUGCCAAGAAUUUUAUCUGAACCAAAGAGAGGACAGUUUGACAGAUUUAUUAUGCCUUCAACUUACAUAGGCAUUGAAACCAAGUAAUAAACAUAAAAAUAGCCAUUGCACAAGGCAUAACCUUUUGCUUUUUUGAUAUAGCAGAAAUAAUUUUUUAAGGGAAACCUAUGCAAUUGUGAUCUGGUCGUGUCUCUUGCUACUUAGCUUAUGGAGUCAGUUGCUGUUGAGUUGGAUUCUAGAUGGUUACUAUCUUGAAAAGGGUCUUCGGUGCAUGUGGUGGGAACUAGAGCCUGCUGGGAAUAAACAACACAGAUUCACGGGAACAUCAACACAGAGCUUUAGUGGGGAUGCGAAUGGCACAGACAGAUGAGAGGCUUCUCAAAAUGUGGGGCUUUGGGCUCCUAUACCCCAACUCAGGUGUCAUCUUCCCCUUCACAAUCUUGACAAUAACUUGAAAAUGGUGAAAUCACUUUCUCCCAACUUUACUAGAGCAUGAGUGAGUAUUAGAACUGUUACAGCCUGCAAUUGCCUCAGUUUCCCAUGUUUCUAGAGUUGCUGGUGAAACAGCAGGGGUUAGGAAUUACUGGGUAAGUUUCAGCCUGUGGGUAAUGCCUUAGUGUUAUUUAAAAAGAUUUGUCAUUUAUAUUUAAAAUAAAUGUGCAUGGAUGUUUGAAAGGAGCAAAACAAUCAGGGAUGACUCUUUGCCAUGAGUCUUAUUUUCACUCUUUUCUGUAAGAAAAAAAUAACAAUGUUAUAUAUAUAUAUUUUUUCACUUUUUAUUGUACAAGUUUGUAAGUAAUCCCAAUUUUAAUAAAGUUUUA